AUGGUGUCUUCCUCUGACUUGACAAAUCUGCUUCGUCAAUGCCUUGAGGGCUACGCCCAGGCCGUACAAGUUUUCGCAACAGAUGCCUCAGGCAAUGUCGAGAGCCUGGCACAAGAUGCUGUCCAAAUGGGCCACUGGGCUCGGCUCAUAGGCUUAGACAGUGGGAAUCUCGACUCCCAAUUGAGUCGCUUCAAGCCAUACUUGUAUGAGGAGCUCAGCCUUCUCCAGCGGUCCUUGACAAGCAGUAUGCUGAGCACGAGCGCAGGCGCUCCCGCCGGGGAGACUGAGGCCAGAUCGCAAAUUCUCUGCGGCUGGAUCGACGACAUCCUUAUAUCCGGAACCUACGGAUGCAACCACGAUGCCUCGUUGAACUGCAUCUCUCCCACUUCUAUUCUUCCACCAAAAACUCUCGAUCAACUGUCAACACUUUCUCGCGGUGUUCACAAGGCCCUUCUCCGCCUCCUAUCCUCAUCCCAGAAAACGACAUUUGACAGAACUAUGCAACAUUGGGCAGAGGGCAUAAUAUCAGGAGACAACCUGGCAGCCGUCAUGAUGCUGAGGCACCGGCCAACUACUUGCGCUGAAGCCAUCAAUUCCAUAGACCUACGAGCUGAGCAUAAGCUCCAUUCAUGCAAGGAGGAGACGGAACUGCCAGCUAGACUCUUACGAACGCUGGAACUUUGCUCAGAGGAGCUCCGGUGGUCCAUACCCCUGGACCAAGAACCCGAGAUCCUCCAAGACCUGUCACGCAGCCACUUCGUUGGACGAUUCAGGGGCGACAUCGUCUUUGUGGAGAAGCGCCAAAACCUGGACUGGAUGGCCGAGGGCGCCGCCGCCAUUGAACUGUUUCUCCGAAUCGACAGCCUUGCUGCAAAUCUCGCCAAGAGGCCAAAACCAGCGUCGUUUUGCGCUCUCGACCUUGUUGGCUACUUCUCCGAUCGGAAGAAGAGGGAGUAUGGCUUUGUUUACGAGUGGCCCUGGAACCUGGGCCCUGCGUGGGAUCAGCGAUACCGGCCGAGAACGCUCAACGAGUUUAUUGCUGAGAGUGAGGAUGAUGCCGUGAAUAUCGGACCCUCGCUUACACGGAGGCUCGAGAUGGCUCAGACUGUUGCAACAUGCGUCAAGAUGUUUCACCUCUUUGGCUGGCUUCAUAAAUCGCUAAAUAGUCACAAUGUCUUGUUGUUUCCCAAGCCGCCAUCGGACCCGCCGCUUGCCGGCAUCCAGGAUCAGCUAUUCCUCGUAGGGUUCGAGUACAGCCGCCAGUACGGGCCCAAUUAUGCAACCGAGCCCAUCACCAAGCUGGGAGACUACGAUAUCUAUCGACAUCCCGAGGUGACGGGCUUCGAGCAAAGGUCGCACACAGCGCUCAAGAUUAACAUCUUUGAGAGGAGACACGACAUCUAUGCGCUUGGAGUGCUGCUCGCCGAGAUUGGGAUAUGGAAUCGCGUGGAGGUGAUGCAGAACGUCAUGUCGCCCUCCGGCACCGAUGACCAUUGGUCGAGCAGCCCGGCCAAGCCCGUCCCAACGCCCCAUGAAUUCCGUGAUUGGAUAGUGCGUGGUGGACAGGGCUCCGUGGAAGCUCUGUUGAGGUUUAGCAGUGGAGAGAAGUAUGCGCAGGCGACCAUGGGCUGCCUCAGAGAGGAAGUUGAGGAUGGCGAGGAGUAUUUCUCCCAUCUAUACACAAAGGUACUGGAACCUCUGAAUUACUGUUCUGUGUAG